GCUAUAUCGCAUCUACGAGGUCUUGAGGAGUUCAGUGAACACUUGAGCUAGAUACCAAUCCUCUUCUGAUGCGUUUUAGAUCUUCCUUGAGGCAUGACAUAGUGCAGCACCCGCGCUAAGGAAGGGAAUAAUUAUAGAUAACCUUUGAAGAGUUCAGAUUUUUAACUGCAGCACCGACAAGCAAUACGAUCAACAACAACAUGGGCUACCAAUUAACAAGCAAUGCUUCAUCUGUGUGGCUAGCCAUAGCUUUUGUUUCCACAAUUGCUGUGGCUACCAAGAUGGCAACAACAAGGCGAAGAACCGCGGUCGAUUCGCCGUGCAUGAAACCAUCGCGUCCCCCCUUGGUGAGUGGCAUCGCUCUCCUAGGACUCCUACUCAGGGUAUUCAGAAAGGGCCCAGAAGCUACCAUAGAGGAGCUACAUGCAAAGCUCGGGGACGUGUUCACGGUGAGCUUCUUGUUCGGGCAGAAGGUGACCUUCUUGAUCGGGCAAGAGGUACUGUCUCACUUCUUUCGGGCACCAGCAUCCGAGAUCAGCCGUGGCGAUCUCUUCGAGUUCACCGUGCCAAUGUUUGGCCGAGAGGUUGGCUAUGGCAUCAACAGAGGCACCCGCGAUGAGCAGCUCCGUAUCUUUGUUGAAGCACUCAAGCCGUCCAAGUUGAGGAGCAACGUUGAACCCAUCCUUAGAGAAGUCAAGGCGUACUUUUCAAAAUGGGCAGAUGACGGCAUAGUUGAUCUAAAACAUGAAAUCGAAGAGGUGCUGAUGCUGAUCUCAGCCCGAUGCUUACUGGGAAAAGAAGUCAGAGAGAAGAUGUUUGAUGAGUUCAGCACAUUGUUCCGUGAAAUAGAAAAUGGCGUGAGUUUUGUUAGUGUAUUCUUCCCGUAUAUCCCAAUUCCAGCACACCGACGACGGGAUAGUGCACUUCUCAAGAUUACUGAAACACUAUCUGAGAUUGUAAAGUCACGUAGGAGAUCCGGUGGAACUGAGGAGGAUAUGAUGCAAAGAUUGAUCGAUUCCAAGUAUAAAGACGGCCGGUCCAUGACCGAAGAAGAGAUCACAGGUAUGAUCAUGACCUUGCUCUUUGCCGGAAAACUCACUAGCGCUCACACCAGUACAUGGACCGGAGCUUGCAUACUUAGCAGUACAAAGUGCUUAACAGCUGUUGUGGCGGAGCAGAAGGCGAUCAUUAGAAAAUACAACGGCCAGGUAGACUACAACGUAUUGUUAGAGAUGGAUACCUUGCACAAUUGCAUCAAAGAGGCACUACGCCUGCACCCAUCAGCACCGAUGUUGGUUCGCAAGGCACAUAAACACUUCACAGUGUUGACGAAACAAGGCAAUGAGUAUGACAUCCCCAAAGGGCACACACUAGCAAGCCCUGUAGUGCUGAACAAUAGCAUGCCUCACAUUUAUAAAGAUCCUAAGGUAUAUGAUCCAGAUCGGUUUUCUCCUGAGAGAGCGGAGGAUAAAGCUGGAGGCAAGUUCUCUUACACAUCUUUCGGUGGUGGUGGAAAUCAUGGUUGCUUUGGUGAAGCCUAUGCUUACAUGCAAAUUAAAAUAAUAUGGAGCCAUUUGUUAAGGAACUUUGAUCUCCAACUGAUGUCUCCUUUCCCCAAGCCAGAUUGGAGUAAGUUUGUGCUUUUACCUAGAGGGAAAGUACUGGUAAGUUAUAAGAGGCGUCAGGAGGUCCCUAGCACAUAGUUAAUAACUAAUAUGCACUUGUUGGCAUUUGUGUGGAUGCAUGUAUGUGCACUUGUCUUAUGUGUUUCUCGUGUGUGAUGUUCUUGCAGUCGACCGAUUGUACAUGUGUGUGUAAUCUCUUGUCGUGUGUGUAUGCAACA